AUGGCAGGUCUAGUUGUGGCCUCUGCUUGGAGGCAGCAGCGGAGGAAAAGGGUUUUCCAGUCUGUUUUCAGCGGGGAGGUUACCAGUACCACUGCGGUAGCGGGAGUUCAGUAUCCAGAUCCGGGACAGGGGUUGGGGGGUUCGAAAUUAGGGAGUGGUGCUGGUCAUAGUGUUGACCCCUAUCUUGCUCCUUCGUCGUCGGCCACGCUGGGGCAUAGCACACCUGAACCACAGCCACCACAUCCAUAUGCGCCAGGUAAUGAGUAUGCGCCAGGUAAUGAGCACCAGAGGGCGUAUGAUCAGGCGUGGGAGGUUGUAACUUCACGGGUGGCUCUCCCUGCGAGUGCUGCCGGUCCAGCUCCGGGAGCGGGGGAAUCAAGUCCCGGCUUAUCACUGGAGAGUUUGACUGCUGCCCGAGAGCAACCUCAAUCACGGCGUCGGAGGAACCAGAAGGUAGACGAGGAACGGGAGCAGUUUCUGCAGUGUUUGUCCCUGUUAGAGAAUGCAGAGGCUGUGCUACCGGAAGCGAGGGAGAGGAGGGACGUGAUAGGGUGGUAUGUAAGCCAGGUGAGGGCGCACUUCGCCAUGUGGGUGGUGCCCCUUUUGGCGGGGGGGUCGGACACCGCUGCUGCUGCUGCUGCUGCUGGGACUUUGGCAGCUCAGGGGGUUACCCACCGGAGGCAUCAGAGGAAUAAGCAUUCGGUUGAUUCUACUGCUGCCGGACGUGGCCGGGAGUGGAGUGGAGGGAGCCAGUAUGAUAGGCAUAUGGCCGUGGUGAUGAGCACGAUUGAGACGCUGGAGGGGGCGUUGGGCAUGUAUUUUGAGGGGUUGAAUUCGUUGUUGGAGGGGUUGAGACGGGCUUCCGGGGAGCAGGACAAUAGCUCGUUUGGGAUGAAGUUCAAGAGGGAUAUCCAUGCGCUGAUUGCGAAUUCUGCCUCGCAAGGCGGGGUGAUGGGGAGUGUGAAAGUUGUUCUGACGAAGCUGGCCGGGGUGAUAUUGGGUGUGGAGGGGUUGAUGGUUAGGUUGGGUAGUAAGAAGGGGCCUUGGGGGGCGCCACCGGCUAUUCCCCAGGAGAACGAUUUCGAUGUUUUGGCGGCGAAGAGAAAGUUGGGGGGGUUGGUGAAGCAACUGCAUAAUGUUGGGUUGACGGGCGAGAGGUUUGAAGUGCUGUUUGCGGAGGUUAUGAACGAUAUGAUGUCGAGAUUUGUCAAGGGAGCUUAUGCGGGAGUUUGGGCAGCGAGCGAUCCUGAGGAGGGGAAUGUGGUUGGGGGUGCUGGGACGGCUGCGGCCAGCAGUGUUUUUACGACUUCGAGGGGGUCUGGAGGGGAUGCGACAGUGCCAGCUGCCACCUCUUCUUGUAUCAAGUCGCUCAAGGACUGGGUCGAGAACCGGUAUGCACAGUUGAAUGUCCAGGUUCUGUCGUGGAUCAACGCGACGCCGAUGUCACUGGCCGAUCUCAAGGCAUGCCAGUCACUGGCUUUGGGCCGGUUGGCUGCGUUGCGUAUUCAGGAGCUGUUCGACAUUGUUCUUGCCUGGCCGGAUGCUAAGGGUGCGCUGGAGGAUUUGAAGGCUACUAUCACGACUACUACUCGGAGACAGUUGCUCACGGAAAACUUCUCGAAGGCGCUGGAACAAAGAUUGUUACAUCCUGGGUGCAGCACACUAGAGAUUUUGCAGACGUACAUCCACAUCAUCAAGACAUUCCACGCACUUGAUCACAGCAAGGUGUUGUUGGGGAAUAUCGAGCCAGGACUGCAGCUGUAUCUCGUCCAGCGUGAAGACUCCGUGCGGGUAGUAGUGGCCGGCCUGCUGGCCAGCAAAGAGGAGAUUGAAGCUGCAGCAAAGGUUCAGCAGAUUGACGAGGACGAGAGAUUGCAGCGAGGGGCGUCCGGUCCUACAGCUGCUGCUGCCGACCUCGGCCGAAGAGAGAUCAAAGCGCAGGCAUAUUCGACGCCAGGUGUUGCUGGUUCAUCAACGGCUACGACAUGCAAAACACCCACCACACGCAGCAGGCAAGGGAGGGAUAGCAACCCAUCGACCCCUGCUCCAGCACCAGCUCAUAGGCAGGGACCAGUUCUGGCCCGCGCGAAGAAGGUCAACAAACUGGUCGAGCUCGCCAAGCUCCUCAACGAAUCCGCCUCUGUCCGUCGCGCUGGUGCCACGGAUGAUGACCAAGAACUGGACUGGAACGACCUCAACUGGGUUCCUGACCCUGUUGACGCUGGCGCCAACUACAAGCGUCCCAAGUCCGAGGAUGUGAUCGGCACCUUGAUCUCGGCCCUGGGAGCAGAGGAUGUUUUCAUCAACGAGUUCACCGCUGUCAUCGCCGAGCGUCUGUUAGGAGACCCCAAAUCUUUCGAACAAGAAAUGCGGGUGCUCAACCUCCUCAAACGACGCUUCGGAGAAGCCGCCCUCCAAAAGUGCGACGUUAUGAUCAGAGAUAUCCAAGAAUCAAGAAAGCUGAAUUCCAAAAUCCGAAGAAAUAACGCCGGUGGCCCACAACCAUCCAAUAUCCCAGGGCAACCCCCAGUGCUGGCUACACCGGAUAACAAGGGCAAGUCAGUCGCCACUCCCCAGUCUUCUGAGAAGAGCAAAGAACAGAAGGACACAGGAUACCACGCUCGCAUCCUCUCCCGCAUGUAUUGGCCCGCUUUUGAAAAGGAGCACUUCCUCCUCCCGGCUCCGAUUCUCGACUUGCAAAAGCAAUACGAAAAGGGGUAUGAGGAUCUGAAAUCGGACAGAAAACUCACCUGGCUCAACCAGCUGGGUCAGGCGAGGGUGGAGCUGGAGUUGGAGGAUAGAACGGUGACGGUGGACUGCGAUACCGUUCAGGCGACGGUUAUCUAUGCGUUUCAGUCGUCACCGGAUUCCUCGACGACGCCGGUCAAGAAAGCGGUAGAUGAUUUGUAUCUUGAGCUUCAGCUCGAUGGGGAUCUCAUUGCGGCGGCGUGUGACUUCUGGGCGAGGAAGAGGGUGCUCAGGAAGGUUAGCACGGCGGAUGGGGGCGUGUUUGUCGUUUUGGAGAGGCUGUCUGAUGAGAAUGUGCCUGUGGGUGAGGAUGCUCAACAGGGCCAGGCGGUAGAGGAGAAGGGCAGGGAGAAGGAGGCGGCGACGGCAGGGCCAAAGGAGGGAGGGGCGAAGAAGCUGAGUGAUAAGGAGAAGGAGAAGAGGGAGGUGUAUUGGAAGUACAUUCAGGGGAUGCUCACAAAUUCGAGCGUGACAAUGCCGAUCAAUCAGAUUGCCAUGAUGAUGGGGGUGUUAGUUAUAGGGGGGUUUUCGUGGAGUCACGAAGAGCUGCAGUCGUUUUUGGGCGAGAAGGUGGAGGAAGGGGCGGUGGAGGUUGUGAGCGGGGGGAAGUAUAAGUUGGUCAGGAAGCGAGAGAAUGUAUAG